AAGAGGAAGGAAGGAGAGGGGGAGGAGCUUUCUGUUCUCACACCGAAUAAAAGAAAACAGCAACACAGACAGGAGAGGCAGACACCCUAAGAAAUCAAGUAGAGUAAGAGAGAGAGAUCAGAAAGAACAUCAGAAAACCAUCAUGGCUCCUUGGAUGCGUGCAACUAAGGAGAGAUAUGGCAUAGUGAAGUGGAACUUCAUCGGCCAUGGGAAAAAGCAGCUGUCCCUGGAGAUUGGGGACACGGUCUAUGUCCAGGAGUCCUGUGACGGCUGGUACAAGGGCUACUUAAUCAGGAACAAGGCCAAGCAGGGAGCCUUCCCUGCUAGCUAUGUGCAGCUGAAGGAGGUCAAGGUUGAAAAGAGAGGGGAUCAGGAGGUGGUCGUAUCAUCAGAAAUGCCCCUGGUAAAGGAAGUGACCACAACUCUCAGAGAAUGGGGAAGCAUCUGGAAACAGCUCUAUGUGGCCAAUAAGAAGGCUCGUGUGACGCAGGUCCAGAGGCUGAUGUGGGAUCUGAUGGAAUGGCGCUCCCAGCUGCUGUCAGGAACGUUGCCUAGCGACGAGUUCAAGGAGCUCAAGCAGAAGGUCACAUCCAAAAUUGACUAUGGCAACAAGAUCCUGGAGUUGGACCUGGUGGUGAGGGAUGUGGACGGGAACAUCUUGGACCCAGAGAAGGCCAGCGUCAUCAGUCUGUUCCGAGCACACGAGGACGCCACCAUAAAGAUCAACGAGCGAAUCAAAGAGGAGCAGUCCAAUGUCCAGGCAGACCACUCUGGAAUCUCAGCACGGAUCCAGUCCUCCCCGACCCACAGCCUCUACGUGUUUGUCCGGAACUUUGUCUGCCGGAUCGGAGAAGACUCCGAGCUCUUCAUGUCUCUUUACGACCCGCACAAACAAGCCAUCAUCAGUGAGAAUUACCUGGUGCGCUGGGGCAGCAAGGGCUUCCCCAAGGAGAUAGACAUGCUCAACAACCUGAAGGUGGUCUUUACCGAUCUGGGGAACAAGGAUCUUAACCGUGAGAAGAUUUACUUGAUCUGUCAGAUCGUCAGGGUGGGCCGAAUGGAGCUGAAGGAGACCCACACCAAGAAGUGCACCCAGGGGCUGCGGAGGCCCUUUGGGGUGGCAGUGAUGGACAUCAGUGACAUCAUCAAAGGGAAAGUAGAGUGUGAUGAAGAGAAGCAGUACUUCAUCCCGUUCUUCCCGAUCGUGAACGAGAACGAUUUCCUCCACACCCUGCUCAACAAGGUGACGGCGUUACGGGGAGACAGCGGAGGGCAAGGCCUGUGGGUCACAAUGAAGGCCCUUGUGGGAGAUGUGAUCCAGAUCCGUAAGGAGUACCCCCAUCUGGUGGACCGCAGCACGGCCGUGGCCCGCAAGCUGGGCUUCCCGGAGAUCAUCAUGCCAGGAGACAUCAGGAACGACAUCUACCUCACCCUGCAGGCCGGCGACUUCGACAAGUACAACAAGACCACGCAGAAGAACAUGGAGGUCAUCAUGAUGGUGUGCGACCAGGACGGCAAGGUGGUGCCGAACUCCAUCUGCCUAGGAGCGGGGGAUAAGGCCGUGAAUGAGUACAGAUCAGUGAUCUACUAUCAGAUCAAACAGCCCAAAUGGAUGGAGACUUUCAAGGUGGCGAUACCUCUGGAGGAGAUGCAGAGGAUCCACCUGCGCUUCAUGUUCCGCCACCGUUCUUCUCAAGAGUCUAAGGAUAAGAGUGAGAAGAACUUUGCCAUGGCGUUUGUGCGUCUGAUGAAGGAUGACGGGACAGUUCUGCAGGAUGGGCUCCAUGACCUGGUGGUAUUCAAGGGGGAUAGUAAGCGGAUGGAGGAUGUGAGCUCCUACCUCUCCCUGCCCUCCACCCGUCUCCACGGAGACCCCCACAAGGGGGGCACGCUGAGUCGCAGCUCCAGCAGUGUGGGAGGCCUGUCCAUCAGCUCCAGAGACAGCUUCAUCAUCUCCACGCUGGUCUGCUCCACCAAACUCACCCAGAACGUGGGUUUGCUGGGGCUUCUGAAGUGGAGGACCCGCCCUGAGCUCCUCAAGGAGAACCUGGAGAAACUCAAGAUCAUUGAUGGGGAGGAGGUAGUCAAGUUUCUCCAGGACACUCUGGAUGCUCUGUUCAACAUCAUGAUGGAACACUCCCAGACAGACGACUACGACAUCCUCGUCUUUGAUGCCCUGAUCUACAUCAUCGGUCUGAUUGCCGACAGGAAGUUCCAGCAUUUCAACACUGUGCUGGAAGCCUAUAUCAAACAGCAUUUCAGUGCCACCUUAGCUUACAAGAAGUUGAUGGCGGUGUUGAAGCGCUACCUGGAUGUGUCCAGCAGGGGGGAGCAGUGUGAACCCAUCCUCCGCACCCUCAAAGCCCUGGAGUACAUCUUCAAGUUCAUCGUUCGCUCGCGCAUGCUCUACUCCCAGUUGUACGAGGGGAAAGAGCAGGCGGAGUUUGAGCUGUCUCUACGGCAACUGUUUGAGUCUAUCAACAACCUAAUGAAGACGAACUACACCACCACCCUGCUGCUCCGGGUGGCAGCUCUGAAGUACCUCCCUACAGUGUUGCAAGACGUUGAGACUGUCUUUGAUGCCAAGCUCCUUAGCCAGCUGCUGGUAUGACUUCUACACCUGUAUCCCUCCGGACUCUCUGCAGAAGCAGAAGGUGGCCUCCAUGACUGAGAUCGUCAGCAGCAAACUCUUCCAGAGGCAAGGUAAGCCUCGCAGCCAAUCA